UAAACUUUUAGCAAUACGUUUUAGUCUAAUUGGAUAGGUUGAUCGAAGUUUUAGAGUGUGAUAUCGUGCAGUUUAAUCAAUUUUUUCAGAUUUAUUUGUAAAUGCAGGCGAUCCUGAGUGCCUAUAAACGUUAAGAUGUAGUGCGCGGAAGUAGUUUGAUUUUCACUUUUGAGUUAUGUUGCAGGGGUGGAUGAUGAUCAUCAAAAAAAUAUUGUGUUAUGACGUAUAUACUUUGAGUCGAAAUCGAAAGAAAUGUUCUAUACAUUUCUCAAUAUGAGCAUAUCCUUAAAGAGAAAGCUAGAAUUAAUUAUUCAGAUCAACGUCCACCAAAAGUGAUCCCCGAUGAGGCACAUUAAAUGUGUUUAUUAGAAAAAUUAAUUGAUUAUGAUCUGGUGAUUUUGCGAGUGUAAUAAUAAACAGUAAAAGGGAGACACUUUUCCACAUAUUCAACAUAUUGAUUAUCCGUUGGCAUAUGCUUCCUGAAGCAAAAUUGCACACACAUAGUGUUUCAUUUGCACUGUACAAAAUUCAAAAAUGGAAAUGAACGAAUCUGGUAUCGAUCUCAACUUCGACUUCGACUUCGACUACAGUGUUUUUGACGAUUUGAUUGGACCAGAUAAUCAACAGGAUGUAAUGUUCUACGAAUUGAAGUCAAAAACAGUUCCAGAAGAAACGCCAACUUUCAAAACGGCAACUCCAACAAACAGAACUCAAUUGAAACAACAACUUCAGCGCGAACAACUGCAGGAGUUAGAAAGACGCGACGCUGAAAAACGUGUUGCACAACAACAACUACUCCAUAACCAAAAACAUUUUCAACAAACUCCUACACCUUCUUCUUCAACAACGCCCUUGGUAUUUCAACAACAUCAACCUCAAGGAUCUGUCAUUGGCCAGAGUACUCCAUUGAAGGUUCCACUUCAAAGUAUUGGCGUGGAUGUUCCACCUCAAGUAUUACAGGUGAAAACUGUUCUAGAAAAUCCAACACGGUAUCAUGUUAUCCAAAAACAAAAAAAUCAAGUGCGACAGUACUUAAGUGAAUCUUUUAAACAAUCGGAUUGGGAUAGUCAAUUAUUACCCUUUUGCCGUAUAGCCAACGAAAAACUGCCCUCCAAUGAGAAAAACGAUGUAACUUCCACUGCAGACAGUAACAAUGACGUUAUGAGUACUAGCAAAGAUGGGAAGGGCUGUAACAAUAGUGCCUCGCAGAUUUGCUUGCAACACAAACAGCAGGCUCAUCCAAAUAACGAAAACUUACCCGGUGUUUUAGAUUACGGUUGUGUUAGUACAAGUGACGGGAGUGGAACGAAAAACAUACAUCCGGGUAAUAAUGUUUCCGGCAGUUCGGUGAACAUGAAUAGUGUAAACCUAAUCAAAAAAUCAAUAGUGAAUAAUAGCAAUGGGAAUAACAGUGCAACCGGGCCCACAUCUGUAAUAUCUCUUUUUCAAAACCAAUAUACAAAUGCUUUGACCGCCAGUCCUGAUAAUGCCAUGUCACCAAGCCUGAGCUCAGUUGCAACGAGCAAUUCAGAGACCGAAGACAUGUUAGAAGACAUCAUAGCAUUCCAAUCUUCUGCAUUAGCCGACUCACUCAAACUGGAUACCCCUUAUCCAUCAGAACUUAAAAUAAAGCAGGAACCACAACAGCUAACUGAUGCUGAAAUGCAUGCUUUGGCCAAAGAUAGACAAAAAAAAGAUAACCAUAAUUUGAUUGAACGUCGCCGGCGAUUCAACAUAAAUGACAGAAUAAAAGAGCUGGGAACCUUACUUCCAAAAAAUAAUGAUCCAUAUUAUGAAGUAGUUCGUGAUAUAAGACCUAAUAAGGGAACUAUCUUAAAAUCAUCAGUAGACUACAUAAAAUGUUUAAAGCAUGAAAUAAAUCGUUUGAAGCAAAACGAAUACCGCCAAAAACAAGUCGAAUAUCAAAAUCGCAGACUUCUAAUGCGGGUACAGGAAUUGGAAAUACAAGCAAAGUCUCAUGGCCUCCCUGUGUCCGAAUUCAGCAUAGCAUCCUAUUCAGCACCAACGUCAAAUUUAUAUAUAAAAUCAUUUAGUCCUUCUCUAAGCAACACCCAUCAUUCUGCAUCGUUAAUACCGGACAUUGUGGGGAAAAUGCCCGAUGUUGUAUCAGAAGCAGCCUUAAGUAUGAGUCAAAUGGAGGAUCUGAUGGAGGACGAACAUCCUGUUAAUGGCGAUCCGAUGUUGUCAUCGUCACAUCAUGUAUUAUCUUCACCGCAUUCGCCAACAUCAUCGAUUUCGCUACGGGGCUCAACAAACGAAGGCAACUGUGAUGUAACCGACUACGGUGGAGGCGGUAGGGAAAGCAGUGGUCCAUUAAAUUGCAGUCCUAGACAUCGUAGCCACACUCGGUCAAGUUCUCCAUGCAGUAGCCACCAUUUACACAAAAAUGAUGGGUUUCUUGAUGGGGGUACUUGUACCAACAGCCACUGUGGUGAUCCACUCUUAUCCCUAACACACACGCAUCAUUCAGUUGAUCUAAGCAGCUGCAUGGGCGAUUCAAUCUUGUCAUCCUCACACAAUUUAUUACCCGCAUCGCCGCACCGUUCGAAUAUGGAUUCGAUAUUAUCAUCACCUGACACAGAUUCAUUAGUAAGCGAUAUAGAUAUGGCCCCUUAAUGAACGCAAUAAGAUUUCAAUUCCCAAUUUUCCCAGCUCAUUCUGAUGAAAGUUUUUUCUAUUAGAAAUUAUUAUUAGAAAAUAAAAAAGCAACAAUCUGUUCAUAGCAAUUUAAUUUCUGUUUAAAUUGGUAUUUCCCAUCUAUUGAAACGAUGUUGGCAGAUAAUACAUAAUUGCACGACAACAAUUUACCAAUGUCUUCCAGAAGGCAAACAUUUGUUAAUUCAAAUUGCGCUCAUUUAUUUUGAGAUAAGAUAUAUAUGCUUUAUAAAGUGUAAGCGAAGACUUUCGAAUAUAUGUAUAUACUCGUGGUGCGUAAAAACACGUACAUAUAUUGUGAAAGGCUGUACUUCGCAAAGCUUGAUGAGUUAAGUAUCAGUACGUUAUAUUUGAAUUUUUCCUUCUGACUUGCAGUUUAAAUUGUCGAAAAUUUACAAAUAAAUAAUUCAUUUUACAAGCAGUCAGCAGGAUUGAUAUUUUUUCGAUAUGCAGGACAUUUUGUUAAAAAAGUUAUAGUGAAUAACGAAAUUAAUUUUGAUUUCCUUCCCAAUUUAUUUUUAAACAUUUAGUAUUCCACCGGUUUCAAUUUGCCACAAAUGGGUUGAAUUUUUUUAAUUUUUAGUGAUUGAGGGCAAUUUAAUUUAUAGGAAAAAUGUUAAAUAUUUCCUGAAUUUCCCUGCGUAAAGUAUUAUUUUAGUCAUAUUCAAUUCAACCCUGCUUACUCUUUAUGCUUUUUAAUAGCAUAUCUGCUUUAUCUUGAUUGUAGAUUUUAUGCUAUUAUCAUUGACUAAUGAAAACUUUUAUUUUAUUUUAAAUAAGGCGUUGAAAGAUGACAUCAAGAUAAGUGUUUUGUAGCAAACCACUUGAAGUAUGUAAUGUUUUCGUAAUCAUAUUAGUCUUACUCUAUCUAGCCCAAAACUUUUGUGAUUAUUUGUUUUUGCAUAUGAUCAAAAUGAUUGCAUACAUUCCUUAAAGCAAUAUCGAAGCACAACACUACGAAAGAGAAGUAAAUGAUUAAGUAGAUAUAAGAUUAUUUUGUUGUUGAAGCAGCAAGAACUGCUUGAAUCAAAUAGUUUUUGAUUUUUGUUAAAGCUUUCAUUAUUGUCUAGUGUAACUAAUGCAUCUAGUAGCCGUGACUCUAAGCCAAAAAUUUACCACAUAAUUCGAAUAUUAUUCAUUUAUUUGAAUUAAAGUACAUUGAAUGUUUCAAAGCGUCAAUAAGAAAAAAUCAUAUGAGAAAA